CCACUUAGUUCUUAAAAAAAGAAAAAAGAAAAGCAAAAGCUGAAGAGCGCACAGCCGUCCGUCAGCGCGCACUGCUACAAAAUCAUGAUCCCGAGAGAAGCGCGCACUUUACGCAACAACCUCAAUGCGCCUCUUUUAAUUUCCAGCCGUUCCGCCUGAUUCUUCAAUUAUUUUUGUCUCUUCUGCUGUGCGUCUUAGUCCCUUGUUUUUUUUUUUUAAUUACUGUUAUUUUAUUUUGUGUUAUUUUUUAUUUUUUUUGCGCUGGAUCUCUCGUGUCCGAAAAUGUGCGUGGAGAGCGAUGGGUGCGAGAUUGAAGGCUGCAGCAGUUCGGACGAGGUGCGCACGCUGUCCGGCAGCAUGAGUCCCGGACCCAAAUCCAACCCGGACCUUCACCCUCGCAAACCCGGCCAGAAAUUCCGCGCCGCGCUGCUCCGGUGCUGCACACCGACCGCCGCCGCGGGGAUCCUCAGCUUCGGCAACGUCCUCAAUUACAUGGAUCGAUACACCGUAGCCGGUGUUGUGCUCGACAUCCAGCAUCAUUUUGACGUAAAGGACAGUGAAAUUGGCUUGUUGCAAACAGUCUUCAUCUGCAGCUUCAUGGUGGCAGCUCCCAUCUUCGGUUACCUAGGCGACCGCUUCAACCGAAAGGUCAUCCUAAGCUGUGGCAUUUUCUUCUGGUCCAUUGUUACUCUGUCGAGCUCCUUCAUCAGUAAAGAGCACUACUGGCUGUUUGUCCUCUCCAGAGGACUGGUGGGCAUCGGGGAGUCCAGCUACUCUUCCAUAUCUCCCACCAUCAUCGGAGACUUGUUCACUAAUAACAGCCGUACCAUGAUGCUCUCCUUCUUCUACCUAGCUAUUCCUCUGGGAAGUGGCUUGGGUUACAUCCUGGGUUCCAGUGCCAAGGUGGCUGCAGGAGAUUGGCAUUGGGCAUUAAGGGUGUCUCCAGUUUUAGGGAUCACUGCUGGAACUCUGAUCCUGCUCUUUGUGCCAGAGCCAAAGAGAGGCAGCAGCGACCAGACGGGGGGACGCAUCAAGACUCGUACCUCCUGGAUAUGUGACAUGAAGGCACUUGCCAAGAAUCGGAGCUAUGUGUUCUCAUCCCUGGCAUCCGCUGCGGUGUCCUUUGCAACAGGAGCGUUUGGUAUGUGGAUCCCGCUGUAUCUGUACCGAGCCCAGGUGGUGCAGAAGACCGCUGAAGAAUGUACCAAAGGUAUCUGCAGUAGCAAAGACAGCCUGAUCUUCGGGGCCAUCACCUGUGUGACAGGGCUGUUAGGCGUGCUGAUCGGCGCUGCCACCACGCGUCUGUGUCGCCAGAAGACGGAGCGAGCCGACCCGCUCGUGUGCGCCGUCAGCAUGCUGGGCUCGGCCAUCUUCAUCUGCCUCAUCUUCGUGGUGGCCAAGAAAAGCAUCAUCGGAGCUUACGUUUGCAUCUUCAUAGGAGAGACGCUGCUGUUCCUGAACUGGGCCAUCACAGCAGACAUUCUAAUGUUUGUCGUUAUCCCCACGCGGAGAGCAACGGCGGUUGCCUUUCAGAGCUUCACUUCUCAUCUCUUGGGUGAUGCAGGAAGUCCCUACCUGAUCGGACUGAUCUCGGACGGCCUUCAGCAGAGCUACGCGACGUCGGUGCUGUGGCAGUUCCUCAGCCUGGGCUAUGCCCUCAUGCUCUGUCCCUUCGUCAUUGUCCUGGGGGGCAUGUUUUUCCUGGCUACCGCUCUGUUUUUCCUGGAUGAUAGAGACAAGGCCGAGAAACAGCUGGCCCAGCUGACACAAGCGCCUUCUGUCAAGGUUUGAUCAGGUGACAACCAAAUGAAGAGCAACCAAACGUCUUCAGGAUGGCAGAACAGAGUCGGAGGCGACGGCGGCUGAUCCGCUCCUUCAAAGCUGUGCCCUCGUACUCCUCAUCGCUGCCCCAUCAUCCUCCCAUCACCUCUUGCUGCUCGUCCUUUCUACAACUUUAUAGAGUUUCCUCAAAACUGGAAAAAAGGGGUGUCUCUCUCUCCUCUUUGGACCCGCUGGAGUGGAGCGGUGAGGCAGGUGGCCGUCAUGUCUGACCGCCAGGAUCCACUGAUGUGAGGAUCUGCUGAACCUCUGCCAGAGCAGGUGGAGAGUCCAAAUCCCCCAAGACCCCUGAUGUCAAACUACUGAAUGCUGAUCUUGAACCUGCUCUGCCUGUCUGUCUGUCUGUCACGUCAUUUUGCACCAAGUGCCAUAUCGUCAUUACAUUCCUUCACAUUUUUGCACUGACCACCAUGACACCCUCACAGACUGUGUUUACGUGCACACUAUGACUCAGCUGGUAACUGCACAGUUUGCACUGUAAAAAAUGCAAAAGUUGAAAAAACUCUAACAAACAAACCAUCUGAACACAGUUUUUCACGACACAAAUUGCUCACAAACAAUCUGAGCAGGUUUGCAAGCAGACAGUUGGAAAAAA